UUUGUUGAUUGGUUGGUUGCCUCCUCGUUGAGCACAGAACAUCUGGAGUCCAAUUGUCUUUUGCAAUGGCGCUGGUGCUGGUGCACGUCCAGAGUGCCGUUUCAGGGUCUUCUUUAGGUCAGUGCUACGCGGGCACACUUUCAGAACUCAAGUCUUGGGUUUCGCAGCAGUUGGAGGUUCCAGUCUGUGAGCAGCGGUUCUUCUUGGAUGGCGAGGUUAUCUCAGACUCCGUCUUGGCCACAUUGAGCAGAGAUCAGACUACUCUCGAGCUCCAGCUUUUAUGCUUGGAUCCGUCAUGGGCUUCUGCGCUAGAAGCGGUAUGUGAAGACGGCCAUGCCCUGGAACACUUCCCGAAAGUUCAGAAUGAUAGGGAGAUUGUCAUGGCAGCAGUGAAGUCAAGGGGAACUGCUUUGAAGUUUGCUGAUCCUGCGCUGCGGCGGGACCGAGAAAUUGCCCUCGCUGCUGUGGCUAAGGAUGGCCAUGCUCUACGAUAUGCAUCCGCUUUGCGAGCAGACCGUGAGGUUGUAUUGGCGGCUGCGUUGAACAGUGGCUCGUCGAUUCAGCAUGCCGCCCCGCACUUGCGGAAAGACAUUGAAAUUGGUGCUGUUGCUAUGCUUGAAGAUCAGCGUGCUCUGUCUUUUGUUCCACAGGACCUGUGGGUUGACUGCUUGGAAGAGGCUCGAAGAGAAUCCUCGAGACGAAUGCAGAAGAUGUGCUCUCUAUCUCCAACGAAUGGCCCGGACUUGAACUUUGUUCUGGCAAACUUUGUUAGAUACCUUCCCUGCUGUCUUGGUGGUGCGGCAGGGUGCCUUGCUGGCCCCAUCCUAGCGACAGGCUUGUCCUUGCCUUCAUGGGCUGUGUGCUUGGGAACAAUGAGUGCAGGAAUUUAUGCGGGUGCAAAUGUGGUGAAUGCUUCUGAGCAAGAAACUUGUUGUCUGCAAUUUUGUUGAAUCGCUUCAGGCCUAUCCUUAUUGUGAGCCUCCCAUAGCAUUCGAUGAACGCUUUAACAUUUUUAGAUCCCAGAGUGUAGCUGAGUCUAGUGCCUUGUGGGAAGUGGCAGCCCAGGAUGUGUGGUCGUCACUGGCCAAGAAUGAUUCCACCUGACUGCAGUGGAAGGGAAUAAGUUGGCAAAUUCAACCAGAGUUGCCGUUUGGAAAUGGUGCAACUGUCUUUUGAAGGGGUGAGCUUGCCUUUUGCUUGUGAUCAUCGAAGUUUUAGCAGGAUGACGCAAGUGAAUUGUAGUGACCUUUGUUGCCUGUUUCUUUGUUCCAGCUCAUUUGACCCCCAGCUCCGGUGGGCAAAAUCCACAGUCUUCCGCUGAGGGUUCUUUUUAAAUUGCUCAACGAAGGUCCACGAGGAGAAAA